CACGAAACUAGCUCUGUACAAUUCCUAGGGCUGUCUUGGUGAUGGAGCGCAGUUUUCAAAGGAAUAAGGCUUAUUAUUAUUUUUCAACCAUACCUUCAUAAAUCCGGGAUUUGUUUUUUAAUACAUAAUGGAACAAAGCGGCCGACAGGCGUGGAUAGAGCGAUGGAGAUGCAUCGCCUACAUGGUGGCUUUGGUAACGUUUUGGACCGAAGCCUCAGCUCAGAUCAGAUAUUCCAUCUCCGAAGAGGUGAAAGAAGGAAGUGUUGUUGGAAAUAUCGCGAAAGACUUAGGAAUUGACAAGGCUACGCUGAAAAGUAGAGAGUAUCGCAUUGUUGGCAGUUCAACGGAACCCCUUUUUCGUUUGAAUCAGGACGACGGUAUGCUGUAUGUCAGUAGGAAAGUGGACAGAGAAGAGAUCUGUGAACGAAGCAACGCAUGUGUAAUCAACCUUAAAACAGUGCUAGAAAAUCCGCUGGAAAUCCAUUACGUGGCCGUAGAGGUGCUGGAUGUAAACGACCACUCCCCCGUCUUUCCAGAGAAAGAGAAACGACUGGAGGUGUUUGAAUCCACAUUACCGGGAGCCAGGUUCCAGCUCCAACCUGCGCGCGACCCCGAUGGCGGUCAGUUUACUGUUCAGCAGUAUAGACUAAGCCACAACGAUCACUUUCGUUUGGAAGUUAAGGAGAGAGGCGAAGACCGCAAGAUGCCCUUUCUGAUUUUACAGAAGCAGUUAGACAGAGAGGCGAUGAGAGAGCACAAGCUAACGCUUACAGCUAUUGAUGGUGGGAGGCCGGCGAGGUCUGGAACAAUAGAAAUACUAAUUGAGGUGCUUGAUGUUAAUGACAAUUCGCCGGUUUUUACAAAAGAUGCAUAUUCGGCUAUUCUAAAUGAAAACUCGGUCCCUGGCACGUUAGUUAUUCAGGUUAAUGCCACUGAUUUGGAUGAGGGUGCAAACAGCGAAAUUGUUUACUCAUUUGGAAAAGAAAUGGAUAUACAUUUGCAAACAAUAUUUAACAUAGACCCGAUAACAGGCGAAAUUAAAGUGACAGGUGUAAUUGAUUUUGAAGAAAAUGAAAGUUAUGAAAUUGAUAUACAAGCUUCAGAUAAGGGCACUAUACCUUUUUCAACAGACAAAACUGUAUUAAUAAAGGUAAUUGACCUUAACGAUAAUGCUCCAGAGAUUGAAGUUACAUCCUUUUCCAAAUCAGUUCCGGAGGAUUCUAGAGUUGGAACAACAGUAGCUUUGAUCAGCGUCAAUGAUUUAGAUUCAGGCCCUAAUGGGAAGGUUUCUUGCUUUAUAAGUGAGGACGUUCCUUUCACUAUAUCUCCAUCCUUGCAAGAUAAUAUGUACGCCAUAGUGACCAAAUCACAACUGGACAGAGAAGAAAAGUCUUUUUAUGAACUUACAGUUGUUGCAAAGGACGCUGGUCAACCACCAUUAUCAUCUGAAAAGACAAUAAGUGUGGUGGUAUCGGAUGUGAAUGAUAACAGUCCACAGUUUUCACUGAGCCCAUAUACGUUCUAUAUUACUGAAAAUAAUGACCUAGUAUCACCAGUAUUUUCUGUUAGGGCAUCUGACCUUGAUGAUGGUGAUAAUGCUCAUAUUUCAUAUCACAUUCUAAGAGACAACAAUGGACAUAGUAUUGGUCUUUUUUUAAAUAUUAACUCUGAAAAUGGAGAUAUAUUGGCACUAAAAAGUUUUGAUUUUGAA